GGAGACAACGAAUGCGCCUGGUCCAGUGAUUGAGUGGGCCGAGCCGAGACAAAAACAAAAACAAAACCCGCGAAUUUCAACUAAACUCCAAAUAGUCCCACACACACAAGCGAAAGCGAAAGUGAGUGCAGCUCCAGCACCUAAGGCGACCAAGAGAACGACGACGACGAGAGAAGGUUACGAGAACGGAAACGAAAACGGGAACGAGAACAAGAAAAACAACGAUAACAAAGUGCAAUCUGCAACCGGAAACUGAAAGCGUCUUUCACCGGGCCACACAAACAUUUAUUUAAAUAUUAGUCAAUAGUCAACCGAUCAUCACAGAAUACAGGAACAACAUUUACGUAAGCAACAAGGAGUUGUGGGCGCCGCUUUUCACUUGUGUGCGUGUGUGCGUGUCUGCGUGCGUGGGUGUAUGUGUGCGUAGGCGUCACAAACACGAGGAGCAAGACGAACUGUUUCUUCCCUUGGUGCAAUAAAGAGCCGCCAAAAUACGCAAAAAGGUGACUACAAAGAAAGCCAGCGUUGUUUCCGCAGUUGAGGACGACAACAACAGCAACAAGAAUUGUAACAACAGCAGCAAUAACUACAACUACAACAACGCUAGGCAGCUAAGAACAGCAACAACAACAAGUCCAACUCCAACUGUAAGUCGAAUAGCCACAAUCGAGCUGAAUAACUUCUACCCGGAACAAGAACAAAGCAACAUGGACGAGACACAACAUUUCUGUCUGCGGUGGAACAACUACCAGAGCAGCAUCACAUCGGCGUUCGAGAACCUUCGCGAUGACGAGGACUUUGUCGAUGUGACGCUCGCCUGCGAGGGACGCAGCAUUAAGGCGCACCGCGUGGUGCUUUCCGCAUGCAGCCCCUACUUCCGCGAUCUGUUGAAGAGCACACCCUGCAAACAUCCGGUCAUAUUGCUGCAAGAUGUCAAUUUCAUGGAUCUGCACUCGCUGGUCGAAUUCAUAUACCACGGCGAGGUAAACGUGCACCAGAAGUCGCUGCAGUCUUUCCUGAAGACCGCUGAGGUGCUGCGCGUCUCCGGUUUGACACAGCAACAGGCCGAGGACACGCACAGCCACCUGGCACAGAUACAGAACCUGGCCAAUGCCGGCGCACGCACGCCACUGAACACACAUCCACAUGCACAUCAUGGAGCGCUGCAAGACGAUGGGGCUGGAACGUUGUUCAGCCGCCAGGGAGCCGGUUCGCCACCACCGCCGCCGCCGCCUCAGCUGCCGCAUAUCAAUAACAACCUGCUGAAGCGCAUGGCCAUGAUGCAUCACAGCAGCGCCGCCGCCGCCGCCGCCUCCGUCGAGGAGACGUCGCAUGCGCUCAAGCGUUUGCGUAGCGCCAACGAUAACGGCCUGUCCGCCAGCAGCAAUAACAACAGCCCGGACUUGCAGCUGCACACGCGCAGCGCCUCGCCCCAGCUGACGCCGGCCGACUUCAGCACGAUCAAACACCACAACAACAACAACACGCCGCCGCUCAAGGAAGAGAAACGUAACCGACCCACUGGCAACGGCAAUGCUGGCAACUCGGGCAAUGGCAACACCAACGGCAACGGCAAUGGAAAUGGGAAUGGGAACGGCAUCUCCAUCAGCGAGAAACUGGGCAGUAUGACACCCUCGCCGUUGGCCCGCGGUGUCGACGACGUCAAGUCGGAGCCAAUGGAGCUGGUCUGCUCCAACAACAACGCCAACCCGAAUGUCAAUGACGAGCACAGCAACGACUCGACCGGCGAGCAUGACGCCAAUCGUUCCAGCAGCGGAGAUGGUGGCAAAGGCUCCCUAAGCUCCGGCAACGAUGAUGAGAUUAACGAGAAUCUAGCCGCCCAUCAUGCCGCACAGCCGUUCAUCAUGUCGCCAGCCGACAGCAAACUGUUUCCGGGCGCCGCAUUCAACUUUCCGAUGACCAAUCUCGAUCAUUCAGCUUUGAUUGGUCUCAACACACAGCUACAACAAUCUGGCGAACUUGCUGUCUCUCCACAAGGUGGCAGCACCAGCCUACUCGGCGGCGUCAUAGUGCCCGGCGGUAGUGACAACCCUAGUAAUAGUAGUAGCAACAACCAACAACAACAAGUAGAACAACAGCCAACAUCACAACACCACCUCCAACAACUCCAACAACAACAUCAUUCCACACUACAUAACCCACAACAACAACAACAACAACAACAACAACAACAACAACAACUGCACCAAGAACGAGAACGCGAACGUGAACGAGAACGUGAAAGAGAAAGAGAGCGCGAUCGGGAACGUGGCAAGGCCAACGAUCUGCACAGCAACAGCGAGCGCAGCCUGUCGCGCUCCUCGCAGUGCGCCGGCGGCGACGGGAUGCCACUGCACACCGUCAGUGUGACGCCGUCACCGUCGCCGACAGCGAACGCGAGCGCCGCAUACCAUAAGCGCGAACGGGAGCGGGAACGGGAACGGGAGCGUGAGCUAGAAGGAGCACAUAUCACGCCUGGGACAACACCACCACCGCAUCACGGUCUGUCCGCGCCGCCGCCGCAUUUUGGCCAGCAUCCGCUGACAAUGCUGUCGAGCCACCAUCAGCAUCAGCUGCACUCGCAUCACGAGCUGUCGCCGGGCGCUGCCGCGCACGCGGUAGCCGCCGCCCAUCAUGCGCAUGCCAUGGCACGGGCCGGCUCGCCCCUAGAGCGCCACCAUUUGCUGCACCAGCACCAUCGACGCGCCUCGCUCUCGCCCUCCGCCUCGGGCAGCGGCAGCGGCGGCGGCGGCGGCGGUCGCGGUUCCGCGGGCAACGCGGCCAGCAAUCUGCUGAACUCGGCGCGGGCCAAUGAUGUGGCCCAGGCCAAUCGGCUGCUGUUGCCCCUGCCUCUGAAUGCCUGCCAUCGGUGCGAUGUGUGUGGCAAGUUGCUCAGCACAAAGCUGACGCUAAAACGGCACAAGGAGCAGCAGCAUCUGCAGCCGCUCAACAAUGCCGUGUGCAAUCUAUGCCACAAAGUCUUCCGCACCCUCAACUCGCUGAACAACCACAAGAGCAUCUACCAUCGCCGCCAGAAGAAUCAUCAUUCGUAUUUCCAUCAUGGCACCGGGGUGGGCCAGGCUGGUAGCCCAGGUAGCCGGCUGCAUCAGUCGCUCAGCUCGCUAACCGCUGCGGCGGCGGUUAACAAUAGUGUUGCAGGGGGCGGGGCUGGGGGGAAUGCUGUGGCCGCAGCAGCAGCUGCCGCUGCGGCCGCUGCUGAGCUGCUCCUCUCGCCAAUUGUGGGCGCCGCAGCCGUGGCCAGCGGCACGGCCAGUUCCACGCUGCAGUUGGCAGCGGCGCACCAGCAGCAGCAGCAGCAGCACCAUCACCAGCAGCAACAGCAGCAGCAGCAGUCGUCGCCGAACAUAGUCAAGCCGUGCAUUGACUUUUUAUAAGAUCAGCAUCAACUCUUGCAGCAGCUGUUCCAUGUUGCACUCAACAACUCAGCAGCAGCGGCGGCGGCGGCAACGGUGGCGGGCGGCAGUGCGUCACCGGCAGGUGGCCCCAGUGACUACGGGGGGCAGGUGGGUGGAGUCACGCCAACAGUCGAUCUCACGCAAAUUGAUCAGGGCAGCGGCGUUUAUGCGGCGGCAGCGGCGGAAGGGGUGGCAGAUUUGCGAGCCCUCCAUCUCCAUCAGCAGCAUCACGGCGGGCAUCUGUCACAUUUAACGGCGCAUGCCCACGGACACGCACAUCCACACACCCACCCGCACACCCACACACACCCACACACACACACACAUACACACAGCCACAGCCACGCCCACCCCCAUCAUCAUCGCUAUGAACGAAUGAAUUUAUUAGACCAAUAAGCGGAUCGCUGAAAUGUAUGCUACACAAGUCCGACCAGUGUUGCCAACUGCCAUUAAAAAUAAAGGAGCUAAAUCCAAUAUUUUAAAUAGCUAAAAAUAGCUAAAGAACUUGCCAUUGGGAUGUGAAUAAAAUAACUAAAUCAGUUGAAAACUAA